AUGGGUAGCUACGACGGCGCGGAAGUUUGCGAAUUAGUCGGUUUAUUUAUUCUCUGCGGUUUAGGUAACACCUACGGAAAAGAAUGCAUUGGUCUGUACAGAGACGACGGACUUUCUGUAUUCAAAAACAUCUCUGGACCACAAGCCGAAAGAAUUAGGAAAGACAUUACCAGUCAUUUCAAGAACAACGGACUCAAUAUCACUAUACAGACCAACUUGAAAAUCGUCAACUAUCUCGAUGUCACAUUUAAUCUCAACAAUGGAACGUACUGCCCUUACAGAAAGCCUAACAACCAGCCGCUAUACAUCAAUGCAAAGUCAAACCACCCUCCCAACAUAAUCAAGCAACUACUUGACUCCUUCAGCCGUAGAAUAUCUGAUAACUCCUGCAACGAAGACGAAUUCAACAAGGCUAUGACGGAAUACGAAACUGCCCUCAAAUCCAGCGGACAUAAAAUUUUCUCCUCAGAUCAAGACCUGCUCCUUGUCAAAAGCAAAAAGCAAAAAGAAAAAAAAGAAAAAGAAAAAUCAUUUUUGUCCUUUACCUUGGGCAGUGCAAGUUCUUGA